CUUGCUACUACUUUAAUACUUGUCGGGCUUGCCAGGGUCGAGACUUCCCUAGCCGAUUUUUUUUUGCCUCCCAAUUCCACCACCUUCCACUCCUUAUCGUCUACCUGUAUGAACCACGCCUCUUCCCUGAUCUGGUCCUCAGCCUCUCUCUCCUCCUCUCGCUUCUCCCACCGAGAUCGCAAGCCGUCCUCGAGUCUCCUGGAUCCUUCGCAGCCGGCAAAUUCAACAUGUUGGACGCCUUCGAGGUUCUCACCACGUCUGGCGUGGUUGUCUGGUCUAGGACGUAUGCGCCAGUCAGCCCCUCCAUCGUCAACAACUUCAUUGCCGACACAUUCAUAGAGGAGAAGAAGGGCGGCAUUGCGCCCACCGAGUCGCAGUCAGCCGCGACCAAUCCGGCCUACAAGAGCGACCAGCAUACUCUGAAAUGGACCUUUGUUAAGGAAUUGGGCUUAAUCUUUGUGGUUGUAUACCGCUCUCUGCUGCACCUCUCAUGGGUUGAUAAGCUGGUGGAUAAUAUCAAAACCAUCUUUGUCCAGCUCUACGGCGACCAGCUCACCAAACCCCAUACGACCCUCGUCGAGUGCCACUCGUUUGAUGAAUAUUUCGACCAGCAGCUUCGAGAGCUAGACAGAUCGAGUAAUAUCGGAACUAUAAGCCCUAUAGAAGAGGAGGAAGCGCCCUCUCACGGCCAGCAAUCGGCACCCGGCCUGACUUACAGAGGUCGCACAAUCAACGGUGGCGGAGCCGGCACCCACGACACCGUUUCAACCGACUCUACGCCUAUCCCAACACCCGAUGCGUCGCGCCCCUCGACCCCUGGCAACCUGGUUGUUGCCAAGGCCGGCCCUGUGGCCAAGAUGUCCAGGAGAGCUCGCAAAGCUCAAAAUAGUGGAUCGGCGCCGGUAUCCUCUGGAGAUGAGUCUUUGACUUCGUCCCGACAGAAGAAGGGCGCCAAGGCGACAAAGAAGGGGCGCAAAUGGAAUGCAGAGGGAUUUGCAGACGAAGAAGACGAUAGUCUACAGCUGGAUUACUCCCAGCCCAAUCUGGCAAGCGAGUCGGAAGCUGAGGCAGUUGGGCGGUCCAGCGCACUGGAUGCCGUCGAGUCGUCGACCUGGGGAUCCAGGAGUAAAGGAAAAUUCAUCCUCAAGGACUUGGGGGAUGAAGUACACGAUAUUCUGGCGUCGGCAGAAGCUGAAAAGGCCGAGAAGGCUGCUCGCGCAGAGUCCAAGACGGGCCUUUUGGGGUCUGGAGUCAGCACCAUCAGCGGUCUCUUCCGAAACAUUGUAGGUGGCAAGACUUUAACCAAGGCGGAUCUUGAAAACGCAAUGAAGGGCAUGGAGGACCAUUUGCUGCGCAAGAAUGUUGCCCGCGAAGCGGCCGUUCGCCUUUGCGAAAGCGUCGAAAAGGAGCUGGUUGGUGUCAAGACCGGAAACUUUGAAAGUAUCAACGCCAAGAUCCAUUCGGCAAUGGAAUCCUCUCUUACCAAGAUGCUCACCCCGACCUCAUCACUCGAUCUCCUCCGUGAGAUUGACUCCAUCACUUCUCCGCCCGUCACGUCGCUGCGAAAGGCUCGGCCCUAUGUCAUUUCCAUCGUCGGCGUCAACGGUGUCGGCAAGUCUACGAAUCUAUCCAAGAUCUGCUUCUUCCUGCUGCAAAAUAAGUACAAAGUCCUCAUCGCCGCUGGUGAUACUUUCCGUUCCGGAGCUGUUGAGCAGCUCGCCGUCCAUGUGCGAAACCUCAAGGAGCUCACGGCUCGAGAAGGUGGACAGGUGGAGUUGUACCAGAAGGGAUAUGGCAAAGAUGCUGCUACUGUUGCUAAAGAUGCCGUUAGCCAUGCGGCUCAGGAGGGUUAUGAUGUCGUCCUCAUCGAUACCGCUGGACGGAGGCAUAACGACCAAAGACUCAUGUCAUCGCUGGAAAAGUUUGCCAAAUUUGCCCAACCCGACAAGAUUCUCAUGGUUGGCGAGGCUCUUGUUGGAACAGACUCCGUCGCUCAGGCUCGCAACUUCAACGCGGCCUUUGGCUCGGACCGCGCCCUGGAUGGUUUCAUCAUCUCCAAGUGCGAUACUGUUGGCGACAUGGUAGGAACCCUAGUCAGUCUGGUUCACGCGACCAACGUGCCCGUGGUGUUUGUGGGAGUUGGCCAGCACUACUCUGACUUGAGGAACUUUUCUGUCAAGUGGGCUGUAGGAAAGCUGCUGAGCAGCAACUAAUACUGUAUAACAAAGAAAAUGAGCACAUGAAACACCCCCUUUUUUGACAUUGGUAAUUUUGGAUAUAUAAUAUGAUAACGAUAUGCGGAGCC